CACCCCCCCAAUCCAAAAGAGAAGAAAGACGGAAAAAGUGAAGAUGGUCUGCUCCAAAUGCCAAAAAAAGCUCAAAUCAACCGAGCUCGCCACGCCCGGCGUCAAGCGCAAAUCGGAAAUGUACUACGGCUCGCCGUCGACCUCGGUGGGCGGGGGCGGGGGCGCUGGAGGCGCGGGGUCCAGCAAGUCGAAACCGACGUUGGGGAAUACGGGCGUUGGGAAGAGUAAACUCCUCAGCUCGAAAGCCAAAAACCCCUACGCGGCGUACGCCUCGUCCUGCGAUCUGUGCAAGACGAAAACAGAGCAGGGCAAGAAGUACUGUCAGCGGUGUGCGUAUCAGAAGAACGCUUGUCCGAUGUGCGGGAAGAGUUUGGCGGCGAAGACGGCGAAGGAUCAGCCUGUUGUGCAGGGGCAGAAGUUUAAUUUGAAGUAA